CUUCUCCUGUAAAGGUCUAUGAGUACUCUCUGCCUCGGUCUGUCAGCCUGCCACUGCUGGUGGACGGUGAGCCAGUUUGGGAGGCACACCACCCUGGAUCCCAGCGAUGGCUCUACCCUGCUCUCUCCCGCUCCCCUGCUCUCUCCCUCUCCUCUUCGUUGACAUCAGAGGACUUCAUGACCGCGUGUAGUCGACUGUCUGCAUGCUCCUCCCUGGCUCCAUCCUAUUGCAGCUCCUUGGGGUCCGAGGCCUUCACGUCCGCCCGAAGUGAGCUGUCUCCUCCGCCCUGCACCUCCCCGGCUCUCUCGCUGUGCAGCUUGGCGUCUGAGGACUUUGUGUCCGCUCCUCCACGACCCAACUCCCCUGCACUGGUGAGGACAGAGGUGGACCCAGCUUCUGUGGAGGCAGCUGCUGCCAUGGAUAACCCAAAGAUAAUACAGAGAGCUCAAUCCACCAACUCCUACCUGGCUCUAAUCACGCUCAGCACCCUGCAGUCCAUCGACACCCACAAGGGUCUUCAUCAGGCACCUGGCACGAGCAGCCCUGAGAGGACAGAGAUGGGUCUCGCUUCUGCAGAGGCAGCUGCUGCCAUGGGAAACCCAAGGAUGAGCCGGAGAGCACAUUCCACCAACUCCAAAUACCUGGCUCUAAUCACACUCAGUACCCUGCAGGACAUCAACACCCACAAGGUCAAAGAGUGCAGAGGUGAUAGAGGUGAGCAGGAAAAGCAGGAGGAAGCGAGUGAUAAGAGAAAUGACGUGGAGAUGAAGAAGGAGGCCAAGAAGAAGGGAGGAAAGAUGAAGAGGUUGAGACGGGCAGUGAGGAGGGCCUGUGCUAUCUUCAGUGGCUGCUGGAGGAGGAGAAUGAUGAUGAAGACGACGAAAAUGAAGGUGAUGAAGAUGAUGAUGAAGACAGAGAUGACGACUCCGCAGACUGGACAGCCGGACAGUCAGCUAAGAGAACAGUGGUGGGACGUGACACCGUGCUCUGCUGGGCUGGCAUGUCCUUCUGGUGGUGGACCUGAGUGGCUCUCUGCUGGCUUUGGGGGAGGGUCCAACUGCUCGUCCAGCUGGACCAUGGACUUCAUACUCCAACCACUCUGCAAAGUCCAACAGGGUGGGAACAGAAACGUGGUGAGGGCCCACAUGCCACCUGAAUGCCACACGCAACUCAUGUGGCAGCUUGGGGAGCCCUUGUGUGCCCGCCCAUGUUGUUGA